AUAUAUAUAAGGCCCAUACAAGCCUAGACAUAGACAAAUAGAGAGAGAGUGAAAGAAAGAAAGAAAGUCAGUCAUGGGGAGACCUCCUUGCUGUGAAAAAGUUGGCAUCAAGAAAGGUCCAUGGACUCCUGAAGAAGACAUCAUCUUAGUCUCUUAUAUUCAAGAACAUGGUCCUGGGAAUUGGAGAUCAGUGCCCACCAACACAGGUUUGUUAAGGUGUAGCAAAAGUUGCAGGCUUAGAUGGACUAAUUAUCUAAGACCAGGAAUCAAGAGAGGGAAUUUCACUCCCCAUGAAGAAGGAAUGAUAAUUCACUUGCAAGCUCUAUUGGGUAACAAAUGGGCGGCAAUAGCUUCUUAUCUUCCACAAAGAACAGACAAUGACAUAAAGAACUAUUGGAACACCCACUUAAAGAAGAAGCUAAGUAAGCUUCAACCAGCCUUGGAAGAUCACACAUCAAGUAGUACAACAACAACACCAACACCACAAUUCUUAGCAUCAAAGAGUAGUUUUGUUGAAAGAAGAAGCUUUGAUCAUCAUCAUCUCACUAGCAGCCAUGGAUCAUCACUCUCUCCUCCUCUAAGGCCUAACCAAUCCUCCACAUAUGCUUCAAGCACUGAAAACAUCUCAAGACUCCUUGAAGGUUGGAUGAGAUCAUCACCAAAAAAGCAUCAAAACAGUGCCACCUCAUCACAAGCCAUGACUAGUACUUCUACCACCACUCCUCUUCAUUGCUAUGAACCCAAAGCUGAGCAAGAAUGUGAAGAUGAUCAUCGUAUGAUAUCGAACGAUGAUUUUGAGUCUAUAUUGUCGUUCGGAAACUUGAUUAAUGCUAAUAAUUCAGGAUGGGAGAAGUCUAGCUGUGAUUGUGAGACAAAAGGGUGUCUAGAUGAUGAUUUUGUCAAGGGUGACAAGGAUGAGAUUGUGAUGGAUCAUAAGAAGCAAAGUCAAGGCAUUAACACUACUCCUACUCCUCCUCCUCCUCCAUUAUCAUUUCUUGAGAAGUGGCUCUUGGAUGAAAGUGGUGCUCAAGUUGAAGAUAUAAUGGAGCUAUCACCAAUGUUUUGAGAAUUGAUGUCAUUGUUUAAUUAAGUCCCUUUUUCUUUUCUUCUUUUUAAUUAAGACUUGUUUUUUAGUUUUGAGUUAUAAGUAUGAAUGCAUAGAAGACCUAGGUGAAAAAAGAAGAAGAAGAAGAAGAAGUAUUGAUUAUCUCUCUCUAGGGUUUUAAUCUUUUUAUUACUAUAUAUGUGAGGUUCUGAAAAGUUGGGAUCUCUUCUUCAAACUGUAAUUAACAUCAUUAUCUUUCAAUGGGCAUUAAUGU